AUAGGGAUUUCCUCUGUCUGACAAGUCGUAGCUGGGGAUGAGAACUUGUUUUCUCUCUGUGACUCGGUGUGUUUUCACCUUAGAGGCAUAAGACGUGUCCAGUACUAAUAUAUAGCAAUACACAACCUGAUUUUGUAAGUUCGGCAUUAUCCCUGUGUACGUAAGGAUUUGUGCGGUAUAGAUGAACAGGUAAUUACUGACGAGCUUUGGAAGCUAGACACCUAACCAUGACAAGAUUCUCAUCAAAAGGAAAUGACUUGAAUUACAAUUAGAUGUGGAUAAGUUUAUAUAGGUAAUGCAGACAUUUAAACUGUGCCGUAUAUAGAUAGCCCAUAUGUGGAUGUGAAUGGGCGACUGUAGCAGAUAUCUAUUUUGGAUGUUUCGUAUUACAUUCAGGAGUUAAGGAACAUCUCACCUGAGAGGGAAAAGUGAGGCCAGGAAUGCUUACCAGACUGUUUAUUUAGAUUAUCAGGGGAGACAGGUAAAUGUUGUACAUAUCAUGGUGUAUCUUCUCCGCCAGCUACCAAUGAAUGGCAGGUAGACUUUUAAAUCUUAUACAACUUACAGGACAAGGAAAGCUACUAUGCUGUGUAGCGAUCUGCUGAUUACAGGUGUAGUACAGGUGUAACAGACAGUCUUACUCUAUUGUUACACUCAACCCUCACCCUAAGUAUUACAGCUAAACUGGACACUAGUCGUGUAAUUGAAUCAGUAAAUGGGAUACCAGGUGAGCGGUCAGCGAGAAUACCUUCAGGUCAAGUCUUUCUUCAGAUCAUGUGAGACUUACCUUGAAUGUUUCUACACUCUAAUUCUUUAAUAUUUAAACUUGACCACUUGUAGGAACGCGUGUUUGCUGGAUUAAAAUAGUUCAUUUGCUGCAGCGCACUUGGAUAGGAAUCCUUGCCAAAAAGAAUUAAGUUUCAUUUUGAGUUGAGACGAUCGAGUGUAAGCCAGCUCCACUAGCCUCUUAUUACCUUCAUUGUUUUGUUGACUUUUUAUUUACAACGUAAUGGCAUGCUAUUUAUGAAGUGUAAGGUGACGUUACACAUUGUGGAGAAUACUGGAUAUUUGUAUAUGGUGCUCAGCUGAGGGGGACAAUCAUGACGAGGAGGUAAAUCGUUGUGGUGGAGGCAGUUGCCUGAUUAGUGCUCAGGUAUUCCUACAGUUGACAGGUAUAUAUUGGAACCCUGGGGACAGGUGGGAUGAACAAAUUGUCACUAAUUGUAAGUGGACAUUAAUGAACUGUUAGUGUUACAUAGUGUUGAAGUCUUCAUUUGGAUCAAAUACUUGGAUACAGUACUGCAGAUGGUGUACCACUCCAGAGGAUAAGAAUCGGCAAUGCAUUACCUGGAUACUGUGAAAGGGAACUUGUUGGAGUAUUUGGAAAGUAUAUAGAAUCAAAUAUACAAACUUCAGUAUUGUGAAGCUGGUGUUGAAAUUGUGUUGUGGUCAUUGUGUAGAUAGUAAAACACAAGCUCAGGACAGUAUUCUGUGGGAGGUUUCUGUACAGGAUAUACAGAGUAGUGUGACCAAGCCUACGGAAUGCCAUAAUUACUGUGUUGUGUGGUGAACGAGAGGUGUGUGGAAGUAGGGACCAUCGGUGUGAUUCACAUACAAACACCCUGAUUUCAUACCUUUUACCAGGCUCAAUUCAAACUGUCUUUCUCAGAGUCAGCAAAACUGACCUAACCUUAUGGAAAUAUGUAUCGGUGAACAAGUGGAAAACUUACCUGUGUUAGGUAGGAACGCCUGGAUUUAAUUUCAUUACUUGUCACCUGAGUUAUCGACUGUAUACUUGUACAGAUUUCCUGCUUUAGAAGCGACCUGAUUUAUUUCACACCUGUCAGUUUGGUAGAGAGCUUUUUUGUCACAGGGAUAACAAUUCUUAUUAGUCAGUCAGAGCAUCUGGAAAGUUUUGUUCUCUGACUUAUCAAUCUGAGGAGUGGCUGGUAAAAUAGUGUGUAUCACUUUUAAUUUAGUCAGUAACAAAAUAAUUUCCUUUAAGAUAUAUAAAACUUCCAGCUGGUCUACAAACUCCUACUUAUAUCUUAUCAAAACAGGACAUGCUGUGUAUCUAUCAGGCUGGAAAAAAUACUGAACAGGGAUGUCAUUUUAUCGUGAUCAUGUGAUAGGUAUUUGGUGAUUAGUGUGGCUCGUCAGACUGUUAUGUCCUAGGAUGAGUUUUUACAUUUACAGGUAAUCUAUACCUGAUAAUAGCUGAUUACCUGGAGAUCUGCACACCUGACAGGCUUGGUACCACCACUCUGGUGACCAGAUUAGCUGACUGACCACUUACCUAGUUUACACCUUUACUUAUUGGGUAUCCCUUUGUACCUCUGUUCCUACCUGGCAAACACAGCUUGGGAUGAAUACUUCUACAACAAAAGACACUUUUGAGACAAAAACCAGCAUCUUGGAAACUUAGACACUUUAUCUGGAGUGACAUUUUUGGAUAUUUGUGUGUCAAUAUUUUAACCAGGAACAGCAGACUAGUUUAUUCACACACAGGUAUUGUAUUUCAAGCUGCUGUUAAUUUUUUUAUGAUUAUACCAGUGUAUGUGGUUACAGGAUCUAAAUCGAGUGGACAGGUGUAUGUGGGUAGUGUGUAGAUGUGGUCGCCUUUGUGAUGGAAGUACCUCGUAAUAGAGGUACCCCAGUGUCACCAUGGAUAUUAUAUAAAAUCAUGUGCUACAAAACUGUUCCCACAUUAACAAGGGCGCUUUGAGUCCUUUUAAGGGAACCAAAAAUGUCACAACAACACUAUCGGAAUACUUUGUCAUUAGGGGAUCUAAAACCUUCCAAUAUAAAUGACAGUCCAAAUUUAUCUCUUCGGAGUCUUCCUAUACGUCAGAGACUUGGAGGAGAAAUGUUCGGACGUGGAAGUGACGAGGACUCACUCUCCUCCUCCUGUGAGUUCCUGGACAAUUGGUCAAUUACAGGUAAACAAUGGCUCCCAGACAGUUACAGCCUAUCUGAUCUUUCCCCAGUGUCUGCACCAGAAUUCUCUCCACGGUCAAAUCAGGUACGCAUGCCCCACAGUCGUAAAAAAAGUCGAGCACCCCUUCCGCCUGGGAUGCAUCAGGGUCCUGUGAAGAAAGUGACUCCAUCCAAUCUCAGAGGAGAUGAUGAAUUUGAUAAAAAGAGACUCCUGAGCCAGUCAGUAGACAUGGCCAAGUUGAAUAUUGAGCGCAUGGAUAGGAUGAGAUCAAAAUCCACCGACUUUCCUCUGAACAUCAGUGGAAGAACUACCCCGGACCGUGUACCAAAAUUCUCCACCAGUACGAGGUCCAAACUGAGGGCAGCCAUGAGGUUUGGAUUAAAUUCACCGUCUGCAAAAAAGCGUCAGAAGACAAUCAUAACAGUGGAUGGAAAUACGGGUAAACAACCUCGUGCACGUAGAGUAGCGACUGUCAGCCCCCCAGAGAUACCACCCUACGAAAUCGGCUUUGUGAUCAUUUUGGAAGAUAUAGCACCAGGUGUGGAAUUUGAGGUACAAAGAAUACCGGAAUAUGAUAAAUACCUGAGUGACCUUUUGGAUGAAACUGACCAUGGUCAUCCUGACUAUGAUGACCUCCACAGGGCACAUGCAAGGGUCAAGAAAAUGGUGAGGGAACACGAGGAUGAGUUUGGAACAAGCCCAGAAAACCUCAGAAUGGACAGCAUUCAAAAACGAUUCCCUAACGAUGACCUUCAGCUACGCGAAUCUUCAUCUUCAGCAGCACAGAAACUACGCAGUCUUUCACAGCGACGACGCUCUGCACCUGGAGCAGUGCUGUUCAAAACACUCGGAAAUCGCUCCAAGAGCACGGCCAGCCUUGGGUCACAUGGUGCAAUGGGAAAGAAAGAAAUGGACAUCGUUAAUCCGUUUCGACAUCCGGAUACGGUCAACCGCCAGUACCUGAUGGAGGGCCAGGUGGAGUUCUGUCGCUCGGAACACCUGUUUGACCGUUACCUUUUCUUGUUCAAUGACCUUCUCUUGGUGGCCAAACAGAAGACAAGUACUACGUUCAAACUGAAGGAACGUGUUAGGGUUUGCGAGAUGUGGAUUUCCAACACGGUACAGGACAUCACAGAUCUUUCGCGACCCUUGGACAGGUCCUUUGUAAUUGGCUGGCCAACAACCAACGUCAUAGCUACCUUCAAAUCCACCGAAUCCAAGGAACUCUGGUUUAAUAAGUUGACAGAACAAAUUGAGGAAGAGAAAUCAAAAGAAACAUAUUCCUGCCAAAUGAAGUUGAGUGUGUUUUACAGAGAACUGGAACAGAAAUGCACCGUUGAUAUUGAUUGUAAUAUGGAAGCAAGGGACGUGCUAAAGAAAUGUCUGGACCACUUUCAAAUUCCGGAAUCGGAAUCCAAUGAAUACCAAAUAUGUGUCAAGUCUGGCAAGGAGGAUACCCACUACGCUCUCAUUGGCCACGAAAACCCAUUCAAUAUAAAGAUGAGCCAUGUCCGUGAUAUUUACCAGACCCGACCAGAUGAACCCAUAAUUCCAGCAGAUUACGACAAAGUUCUAGGAGACGCUCCCGCUGAUCUUCAAUGCAAGUUUUAUCUGAAACACAACAAGAAGUCACCAAAGAAGGGGUUUGGAGAUGAUGGGGUUAUAAAACACGCCAAGAAAGAUAGGAGCAAAAGCCUCAUGAAGUUCUUCCGACGAAAUAAGGAUGACAAGAACAACAACUCGGCACCAUCUGGCAAGUUGUUUGGACAUCCGCUCGAAGAUGUUAUCACUGCAAAUGGUCUUCCAAAGUGUGUUAUGGAACUUCUCAAAAUAUUGUUCCGUGAAGGACCCCACACAACUGGUAUCUUCAGGAAGUCAGCUAACGCUAAGAAACAGCGAGAGUUGCGACUCAAGCUUGACGAGGAUGAUGCAUACUUAGAUGAAGACACUGGUGCUUUGGUUGUUGGUGCUGUACUCAAGGAGUACUUGCGAAGUUUACCUGAAUGUUUGUUGUUGGACAAGUUAUAUGACGACUGGUUAAGUUUAAAUGAUGAUAAAAACGACGACAGUCCGCAUAAACUUGCCCUAGUCAAAAGUUUAUUGAUACAGCUUCCUCCCUGCCACUUCGACCUGCUGCGACACCUGAUGUGUGUGUUGUACUACAUAGACAAGAGAAGUUCAGUCAACCUAAUGACAGCCUAUAAUCUGGCUGUGUGUAUUGCUCCUAGUAUUCUAUGGUCAAGAGCACAAACUGACCCCCUCAAAGAUUUGGCCAGCACCACCCCACUGUCAAUUGUCACCUACCUCAUCAAAAACUCUGCCCAGGUAUUCGGAGAAGAGUCGCUUCUACUUUUUGGAAAUCCAUGCGAUCAGAAAAGACAAGACUCAAGUACAGAUUCCGAUAGCAUGCACAGUGUUCUCAGCAUGCCUGAUUCUAGUAGUGGUGGUACAAAUCGUCGUGAUGACUCAUCAAUCGACAGUCUGGAGCGCGAGGUUUACAUCGGACAAGACAUUGACUCCAGUCCUAAUCUGGCCAAGAGUCACCUGUCACCGUCUAACUUGAGUCGGGACUCGGGACUAAUGCUGAGCGACAACCAGUUGUACGACGACGACAACAGUAGUGUGGAGAUGCUGGUCGACAGGAAGGGUUAUAGUCGUAGUGUGUCACAGUACAUUGACAGAGACAAUGAGAAAAGUGGCCGUUAUGACAAUGUGUGUAGUCAAAGCUGUGAGAACUUCUACGAGUAUGGACACCACAAUCCUAAGCCGCCUCCUAGGAAAAACAGGCGGAAGGAAAACGAGGCUUCAGACCCUUCACCAAAUAUGGAGAUGCAUCGUCAUCAGACAAUUUAUUCUCGUACUGGAGAUAGCAGAUACGACAAUAGUCCUAAAUCCACAUUAUCACAAAGUCUUAGUGCUGACGCGUACCACCGGUACAAUCAUGACAGUUCUUCUGAGUCACUCCGGAGCAUUGAGGAUCGUGUUAACAUUGCAAGUGAACAAUUUGGUAAUUGGCAAAGACAGAAACGAUCAGAACAAACUCUGACUAAGUCUGCCAGUGGGAUGCACCUCUAUAUUGAUAAUGAGGAUUCUCAAUUAGACAUUAAAUCCUCUGGACGAUCUAAUCGUGACAAGCUUACUCGACAGGCUUCUGUGACGAGUACACCCCCUAUGUCGCCACAAUCAAAAUACUCGUUUAGUGAGAGUGUGGACAGUGUAUUGACAGAUUCCUCAAGUUCGUAUCUUCCACACCAGUCCAGUCAUGACACAGACUUCAGUGAUGUGAGUACGUCAUGGUACACUGCAGAUGAGUACCAUAGCAGCAUGGACUCGCAUCGGCUGCAACAGAGCUUUGAUGACUCCUCUGUAGACUUAAAUACCUCGCAAAGGAUUCGCUCAAGUGGGACAAUAUCUGGCUCAAGCCCACGCUACUACCACCAAUCCCCCAGUUCAGCAUACCAAAGCCCAAGGGCUCAUACGAGUCUAUCUGUGUGUCGGUCCUUUCCAAUGGAAUCUGGGACUCUGUCAAAAGGGUCCGGAUCUACAACAUCUAAGGAAGCAGAGGAUAUCAUCAGCAAGCCAAAACUUCCAUUUUCGCCUUUCGCAUCGGAGGAGGUGCUUCACCGGCCGAGGUCUACUGAGCCUGCUAUUUCAGUAGCUCAACCAAAGGGAGAGGCAUACACAUCAAACAUGCCAGUGAAACAGAUGACCAAAUACAGCACAGGCCUCGGAUCAUCUCCUCCUCCCCGCAUCGUCCUUCAGGGCAUGCGCCAAGCUCAGGGGCAGAAGAACACUCCAGUAAGGGCAAGUUAUGAUAGUGCUAUAGUUUCUCAGGUACGCAAGAGUAGUUUUGACAGUGAAAUGAGGAGAGACAUUGAUCAUGUAUCAGACUUUCCUUCAGUGACAUCGAAACAACCUCCAUCAUCUCCUCGUACACUUCGUAGGAGUGAGAGUGACAGUGAGAUAAACAAAACUCUCACUAACACUCCUGAUAAGGUACGACCAGACCACCCUCCCUCAUACGACCAGGCCCUUCAGAGGAACUUCAUGCUUUCCCAGGGAAUUCCAAUUGAAAUUACUGAAAACGAUGAAAAGAAACAGAAGGAAGCUAGUGCUAAAGCCAAAACCCUUUAUGAGGACUCGCUGAGGAGGUACAUGGAAGAACACCUCAACAGUCCCAGUACCCAGCGGUUCCUACCUCAGUCACCUCCACCACGGAAGGUAGAUGUACAGAAUGUUGUGGAGAAAGACAGUGAUGGGGAAUACGAGGACUCGACAGAGGAAGACAUUUAUGUUGAGCUACAAAAACCUGAAAAAGAUCCAAAGAAAUUGUAUGAGGAAUCAAGAAAAGCAUAUGAGAGAUCUGUACAAAGUGAUGUUAAGAGUAAUGACUCGCCCAUGACGAUGAGUCGUUCCUCAGGCAGUAUGUCACCAGUAAGAGACAGUAAAUUGUUGGCGGUACCUGUGUGUAACCUCCAACGAAGUUAUAGUGAUUCUGCUGACCACAUGUUUAGAAAAAGUCCUAAACGUGAGAGGUCACCUUUGGCCACAGAAAUUGUAAGGAGGGACUCUCGUACAAACACUAGAGGGGGUUCCCCACAUCACAGGGGGGUUUCCCCAGACAACAGGAGAAUUUCCCCUCACAACAGGUCUGGCUCCCCUAACAGCAACAGCAGACUGAGUUACUCCUCAUCUAGUGUUUCCAAUAGUUCCUCAGACACAGUUACAGACACUCAGUUAGCAGCCUCCCCCAGUUACAGGGAGAGGGCUGAAUCAAGUCCGGUCAUCACCAGACAUGUGUUCCCUACUGCAGAAUCUUACUCAACCAACUAUGCUCAAAACAGUGCUAAGUCUAGAGACAUGUCCCCAGCCUGUCGGACUCCCCAGGGGUAUGAUAAAACAGUGUUUAGUGCCAGUUCUAGUCGGGAUUCCUCGCGGGAUUCUAGAUACUCAACAGAGAGCAGUAGAGACUCUAUCAGCCAAAAUCUCUCAAAUGAACUAGAAAAAGUGACAAUUUCAACAAAAGACUCCUCCAAGCAACAAGUGUUAAAUAAAGACUUAACAGAUAAGGUUGUGCUAAGAAAACAUUCAGAUUCUCGAGUGUCGAGUGGUAGUCAUGGUGACAGUAGAAUGUUACAACAACGGACUAGUAUUGCCACCACAUCGGGCGUUGAACUAAGAAAGUACGCCCACCCUCCAGGGAGGAGAAACGAGGGAGUGAGAAACUCCUCUGACCUUCCCUGGAGUGUGAAACAUCUCAGGUCAAUUUACCAGCAGGGUAAAGGUGGUGAGGUUAGUCUGGACACCUCAGCAGCAGGGCCUCCUCCAUAUCAGCACCCUCCCCCCUUUCGCAGAAACAUUGACAACACACGCAUGAGUACCUCAAGUAGUAGUAGUGCUGGAAGCACAGGAGGGAGAAGUACCCCUCUCACAUGGCCCCACAGUGUUCACCCCCGUGUCCGGGGGGAGGGACCACAAACUCACGACAGUUCUGCUGAGGAUUCUGACACCUCUAGUCGCUACUCAGGGCAAGGUAGACGGGAUACCACAAGUAGUUCAGAUGAACAGGAUUCUGUCGUGUCAUAUUCUAGGACCUACUACACCGACAUCUCAUAUGUGUGAUGGUCGGUCAUUAGUGUGUGCCUUUGUGUUACCAUGGAGAUGUUAUGUGUUACCAUGGAUACCAAACUGACUACAGCAACACUGCCCCUGUGAUAUUUACUAGAAAUUAUAUUUUACAGAUCAGUGAUUUGAUUUGUACCAUUAAAUACUACCUAUUUUUAUGUGGAAAGGACACUGAUUCCAUAUCACUAUGCUAUCAAAUGCAUGAGGAUUUGUGCGUUUAGGGUGCUCAAAUUUUUGUAUGAUUUAGUAGCAAUAUUUGUCUAUAAUUUUAGCAGGAAAAUGAACAGCUGAUAUAUGUUUCUCUAUUUUAUACUUUAUAAGAUAAAAACCAAUGUUUGUAUGAAAUGAUAUUCAAAACCAGUAAGAGAUUAUGCUGCUAUGUUGUAACUGUUGUGAUUGUGUCUUGAGAACCUGUGCACAUGUGUGUAGGUGUGUGUGUGUAUGAGUAUGUGUUAGUUAAACCUAUGGUUAUGAGUCUGUGCAAAUAAAAAAGGCAGCAACUUAUUUUUAAGAAAUGCAAACUUAUAAAAACUCAAAACAUUUAUGAAAAAUAAAUUGUACCCAGAUUUAAAUUUAAAGUGCUUUCUGAGAGUGAUUACUGACCAGAACUGUCAGCUGUUCUUGCGUAUUAUGUGCAAGUACAGACAACAGAACUGUUUCUGUAAAAAUUAACAACUUAUAUCAGAUUAAAUGGCCGUGUAUAUUAUCUACUAAUUAAAUACCUCAGAAACACACACCUGGCUAGCCUCCGUUGUAUAGAAGGCCAAGGAUUUUGUAAAUUUGUAAUUAUUCUUGUAUAUCUGAAUUGGAGAAAAUCCCAUUUAUGCGUUGUUAUGUAUAUUACCAGCAUGACGGGUUAUUUAUAUUUGUACAUACAAGGCUCCCCGAGACCUUUACCUAUAUCUAAACACUCAUUUGUGCCAAUUUGCUUAUUUUCUCAAAUUACCUCUGUAGACAAUACUGCUGCAACUUAUGCCUGUUUCAUAAAAAAAUAAACGUGAGUAAUAUUUUCAAAACAAAAAUGUGCUUUUUAACGUUCACUGUAUCUAAGAUGGCAUAAUAUUAAUUUUAAGACAGUUUUGAUAACAUUGAAAUACAUUUACCCACCUGACAUUAGGUGCAUCAGCAACGAUUUUCUGAAUUAAUACAGUGCGUUCAUACUUCAGCCGUCAUCAUAAGUUAGUGCUUUAAAAUGACCGUGAAAAGCACAAAAGUGUGUUAAUAGCUAACACAAGUAUUUCUAUCAUGUGAGAUGUUUCUUUGGCAAUGCAACAAAUCAAAAAUUCAUCAAAAUGACAAGUAUUGCAAUGUUCAUAUCUUUUUUAUCUUUUCAAAUUUGAAAGUAUACCAGUGAUUUUUAUAACACUGAUUAAUGCAUGUACUACUCAAAUAAAAAAUAUCACAGAUAGAGAGCAGAGGUAAGCUGACGGGUUGCCAUGGUGACAUGGCUGUGUUGGACGAGAGGAUCGGGUAUGGCUGGACCAAUGAGUGCGGGUGUACCAUUGUAUGUAGUGUACCAGUGAACAGCAUUUUAUCUUGUACAAAUACUGGAGCAAAAGUAUCAUAUCCAAUAUGCAAUCCAUAUGAACAAACAAUAAUAAAAUAUAAUAUACUA